AGGAGAAUGACCGCAGAUGCGCGCGCGUGUGCAUGAGGAUGCUUCUAUGGGCUCGAUGGGCUGCGGGGGAAGCAGAUCCGCCACGAUCGAACCCCGUUAUUACGAGAGCAGAGACACCGAGUCGACGUGGCUGACGAGCACGGACACGGACACGCAGCGGGCCGCCGGUACCGGAACCGGAGAGAGCGCGAGCGACGAUGACAAGACCGCAGCGGGAGCCGCAUCAGAUCAAAAGGAAGAGAAGCCUGUGACCAGAAGCUCUUCUGCCAAAGAGAAGAAGCUGGUGAACGCUGGCACCCAGUGUGGAAGAAACCCCGGCGGCACCCCGAGGAGACCAGCGCACAGAGACCAGGAUAAGAGUAAAUCAAAGACAACCCCUCAGAAAGACGGGGUUAAAAGUGUCCGAUCCGACUGUAAACACAGAGGUGAUGCCUUGACAUGAGUUUGAUGCUGUCGAACACGUCUAAUUAGAUGCAUAUGUUAAAUCGUCUGUGUGUCUGCAUGCAAACGCUGAGCGCUGGAGCGGAUGCUGACCCUGACCCUGACAUGCUGCAACGCCUCAUUUGCAUCUCUGAAGUGUUAUUUAUUUCCCUCCAGUAUUAUGUAUUUUCAUCAGUAUUGUGAUAUUCUAGUGCCUAAUGAGUCUGUGUGAUAAUGCAGAUGUCUCAGGUUGUGAUGGGAUGAAAUGAAGACGCAAUCAAACACAACAUUGUCUUGUUUCUCUGCAGACUGAUUUAGUUAUGAUUCAGUGGAGUAGUAUUUAUUUUUAUUUUUUUUGUUUGUUCAUGAUAUCAUUGUUUACAGGGACUCAAAACAGCACAAGAAUAUUUUGAAUUGAUAUUUUACUAUAACUGAUAAAAAAAAAACAAUAAAAAAUCUGAAAUGGAAA